AUGGCUAAGGCUACUAAAAACAUAUGCAUAGUAGGUGGCGGUAUCGAUUCCAUGUGCUUAAGUUUUUACUUAUCGAAAAACAAGCAUAGGAUCAUCAACUUAUUAAAGAUUAAGAAAAAAUGUAAUCUCAUUAACACGUCUUAUUCUUAUGGCAACAUCUGUGAAAAUGGAAGUUAUUACUCAUUUGCUUGGAGCGACACGUCUCCUCUUUUCCAGGAGCUGCUUCGAUCCAUAGAUGCACAGGACGAAGUUAUUCAAAGCAACAAGUACACAAACAAUAUUUCCUACAUGGACGAAUGUGGAAGCAUGUAUCGAAUUAACAAAUUUUUGGUUAGAAUUAUAUUCAACCUUUUGAAAGAUCAUUUUUGGGGUUCAUCUGUCCCCAUCUCAAAGGAUGAACGAUUGGACUCAUUUUUAUCAAAACGUUUGGAUUCUAAAAUAUGCGAAGAUGUAAUUCACCCGUACUGCUACCAUUACUUUGGAUACCCUCCUAAGGAUGUGUUGAUGAGUUCCCACUUUCCAAACUUCAUGGAAAAAAUGAAAAAAGGAAAUUCUCUCAUCAGCGCACUCCGAUCAGUAAACCAAAAAAAUAACCCUGUUUUUACUAAAAAUAAAAAGAUUGUGAAAUUUCGAAAAGGAAACGUGACAUUAUUAAAAAAACUUGAGGAUCACUUAGAAUUAUGCAACAAUAUCAGUGUGAUAUCUAAGACAGGGAAUUUACGGAUUAGAUGCAUGCGCCGUGGAGUGAAGGUGACUCUUGGAAGGAAGAUCAUCAAAUGUAACGAAAUCAUAUUCUGUUUGAACCCAAUGGAACUAAGAAAAUUUUUGAAGAAUGUCAAAUUCGAAGGCAACAAAAAAGACAUGUUCGUUAGAAAAUAUUUGUGCAAUUUCCAUUCUCACACACUUAGAAUUUCCAAUGUUUGUUUUUCAAAAAAUGUGUUACCUUUUUCUCAUUCGCUCGAAUCCCUCCUCUUAUUCAAACGGAACAAACAGAAUAAUCUAAUCUCCUUGUUGUAUGAUCGUAACAUAUUCACCCGGUGUGAUUUGUUGAAUGCAUUUGGAGAAAAGGGUUCAGAGAAAUCCACGCCUGAAGAGGAUUUCUACGAGACCAGCCUUCGAUUUAUGAGUAAGGAAAGGGACGAACAGAAAUCCGUCGAAGAAAUAAAAUGGUUCCUUCGUAGUGUUCUAGGUGUGCAAGAAAAUCCUGAUUUGCUCAUCAGCAAUGUCCACAACAUCUUUCCCAUUAAUAAAUAUCACGAAAAAAAAUACAAGAAAAUAAUUAACAGAAAAUGCACAAGGGUAAAGAUCUUUUGGACAUUCUACUUUUUCAGGAACUUGGAAUUCUGCCUCAGAGAGGCCAAGGAAUUUAGCGAAGCGGUGUAG